UUCGGUCGUCAUCCGAUCAAUUCGAAAUUCACGCUCGUCUUGUUCGUAACCAAACCACCUGUUCUCUUUUUUAUAAUUGUAUACAUCAAUUGAUUUAGUUUUUCUUUUUUAAAUAAAAUACAAUAAUAUUGUACACAAAUACUAUUUUUAAAAUAAUUUUUGUUUUUAAUUUGAAAUGUCUGUUAACUCAAGACCCAAAGCGGUUCGAGGUCCAAACAGAAAUGUGGCAACCAAUGUUACAAUUCAAAAACAUCACGUUUCUCGUGAUAAGCGUGGACAGGUUCUCGGAAACGUGCGGGGAUUCCGGGGAUGCACUGUUUGGUUUACAGGAUUGUCUGGUGCUGGUAAAACAUCAGUAUCUUUCGAACUCGAAGCAUAUUUAGUUGCCAGAGGAAUACCUGCUUAUGGACUGGACGGUGAUAAUAUGCGAACUGGUUUAAAUAGAGAUUUGGGUUUUAGCCCAUCUGAUCGCGAGGAAAACAUUAGACGUGUGGCUGAAGUGGCGAAAUUGUUUGCUGACAGUGGUGUCGUUACAUUAUGCAGUUUUGUCUCUCCCUUUCAAUUGGAUCGUGAAAUGGCUAGAAAAAUACAUAAAGAAGCGGAUUUACCAUUUUUUGAAGUGUUUGUUGAUGCGCCUUUAAGUGUUUGCGAAGAACGUGAUGUCAAGGGCUUAUAUAAGAAAGCCAGAGCUGGUCAAAUUAAAGGAUUUACUGGUGUUGAUCAGGUCUAUGAAAAACCAGAUUCACCUGAAUUAGUUCUUAAAACAAUUCAUUUAUCCAUUGAAGAAAGUACUAUGCAAGUUGUACAAAUGCUCGAAGAAAAUGAAAUAAUUCCUUUGCAAAUCAACCGUGAUAUUGACCGUGUUCCUGAACUAUUUGUCCCAGAAAAUGCGAUAGAAAAAACCAAAUCUGAAGCAUUAUUACUUCCUCGACUUGAUAUUGGAAAGAUUGAUAUGCAAUGGGUACAAGUAUUAGCUGAAGGUUGGGCAGCUCCACUUAAUGGAUUUAUGACAGAAGAAGAAUAUUUGCAAACUUUACACUUUAAUAGUUUUAGUGAAGAUGUUAAUCAAUCUAUUCCUAUUGUUUUGCCCAUAAGUACUGAUAAAAAAGAACAAUUAAUAGGCUGUGAGGAAAUUGCUUUAUGGUAUAAUUCAAAACCAGUUGCUAUACUUCAUAAACCAUCAUUUUAUCCACAUCGUAAAGAAGAAAGAGUAUGCCGUCAAUUUGGGACAUCCCACCCCAAUCAUCCAUACAUAAAAAUUAUUUAUGAGAGUGGCGAUUGGUUGGUUGGUGGAAAUCUUGACGUCAUUGAACGCAUUUUAUGGAAUGACGGUUUGGACGAUAUUCGCUUCACACCAAAUGAGCUACGUGCUAAAUGGAGAGAAAUGAAAGCUGAUGCAAUAUUUGCUUUCCAACUUCGUAAUCCCAUACAUAACGGUCAUGCACUAUUAAUGCAGGAUACUAAGAAAAAGCUUUUGGAACGUGGGUACAAGAAACCAGUAUUACUAUUACACCCUCUUGGAGGCUGGACUAAAGAUGAUGAUGUUCCACUACAUGUGAGAAUACUUCAACACAAAGCUGUUCUCAGAGAUGGAAUUUUGGAUCCAGAAUCAACUGUAUUAGCUAUAUUUCCAUCACCAAUGAAUUAUGCUGGUCCUACUGAGGUACAAUGGCAUGCUAAGGCUCGAAUGUCUGCUGGAGCAAACUUUUACAUUGUGGGUAGAGAUCCAGCUGGAGUUCCACAUCCUGAUAGCAACCAAUCUGGAGAUUUAUUUGACCCCACUCAUGGUGCUCGUGUAUUGACAAUGGCACCAGGACUGUCCGACUUAGAAAUCAUUCCAUUCCGUGUUGCAGCAUACGACAAAACCAAAAAAGCAAUGGACUUUUAUGAUUCUUCCCGACACAAUGACUUCAAUUUUAUAUCUGGCACGAAAAUGAGAGGUCUUGCUAAGGAUGGUGUUGAACCACCUGCUGGAUUUAUGGCUCCUUCAGCCUGGGAGGUAUUGGCUAACUACUACAAAUCAUUGAAUAAACUUUAAUAAUUUUUAUUUGUCCAUAAAGAGCUACAGACAUUCCUAUUCAUUUAAAUCACUAACUAUGCUUUCAUUCCUUUUUAAAUUUAUGUGUAUUUGAAUUAUUUAUUUCAUGUUAUAUAAUUUGUUUGUGUUUAUAAUUGGUGUGUUAAACAUAGUAUAUUUAUAGAUUAUAGAAGUUAUAAUAUUCAGAUACUUCAGUUAAACAUGCUUUGUAAAACGAAAGCCCUUAUUUUUAAU